GGAGUCUCUGCGCGAAACCCCCAUAAGAAAGGAAGGAAGCAGAGAAAAGAAAAGGUUGAACUCAGGGGCUUAGCUCCCACUUUUCACAGAGAAGAACGAGUUAGGUUUAAUCCUGAUUUUCACUCAGCGAGCAGCAAAGGAAACUUUUCAAGUAUAUUUAUCCCCUGAGAAGACAGACAACCCAAGUAAGUAAUCUUAAUGAGUUUUUCUUCUUAAUUUUCAUUUUCUUUUCUACUGUAAAUAAACAUGUAGUACUCAUGUAGACUGUAGUAACGUGCGUAAAGUGGCGGCAUGAGGCGCGAGUAUGGCUGAACCAACCGGCUACAGAUAUGCUACACGUGGCAGCAAACUUCACUGUAGACUACUUAACACUGAAACAAACGACACUUUGUAACCCUGACAGUCUGCUUAAAACUGAAAUAUAUUUGGGGGACAAAAGUCAAGGUUUCACAGAGAGUGGGAAAGUGAGAACAGAAACCGCAAAAUGAGGGGGAGUAGAUGGGCUGGUUAUUUCGGAGGUGACUAGUCCUGUAAUAACUGUAGUUUCAUCUUUAAUUUGGUGGUCAGGUAAUGUUUUAGCAAAUUGUGUGUAAACAACGAGGCCGUACCCAUGUGUUUGCCAGUAUACGGUAUUACACCCUUAUGUUUACUUUAACUGCGGGCCAACUGUAGUACUGUUGGGAUGGUGACACGUUUUAGUGUACCUUUGUGUAGAAGCACCGUUCAAGUCACCUCCUGUAAACUGAAUAAGAAGAAACUUGUAAGACGCAAUGGGCUUUAUUUUGUAACAUUAGGCCCACUUGAAAUCGUCUGUUGUUUUAGGGGUUACAAGUCGUCUGCCCAAGUUUGAGGCAACUUACCUCUUUGUUACAAGAAACUCAAUUGCAAAAUGUUCUAUGAAACAAAUGUGUCGUCUAUUACAAUCUCUACUCGACUGACUACUCAACACUGUUACACACUGUCAGUUAAAAGGCCAAGAGUGGACUCGUAUUGUCUAGAUUUUGGGUUCUUCUUUAGUUGGGUAAUCCAUAAUUUUCCUCGUUGCCUACAUAAACCCACUAGUUUCAUUGAUUCCACUCCGCUUCCAGGCUCUCGUCUCAUUUGUUGGCAAUGGUAGCAGGCUACCAAAUAAGGGAUAUUACCCACAUGGUGUCUGUCUGUCUGUUGGGGGGAAAAUCCAACAUUUCAGACAGCACGUGAACGCGGCAGUCGACCGAGCACCGGGGCCGGGUCUUCUCCGGGUCUUCUCGGCCGCCGUUCAGAGCUGGUAACCGGACCCCGUGGUGAGGUCAUACCCGUGGAGAGACAGCUGCUUGCCAGCCGGGAGGCGAAGUGGUUUGGUUGCCUUUUUACGGACUCCUCGGGAAACUGAGGUUUCUAGGGUGCUUGGUUUAUUUUCUCGGAAACUUGUGAGGAUAAAGAGUUUGGCCGGCGGGCCUUUGUGUCCGACAGAGGUACAUAAACACGAGUGGUCAAGGUCAGAAACAUCUCUGCGGGGAAUAAAGGCCAGAGCUGGAUGGGAGCACUUGGGAACACUUGAAAGGAAUCAGGACGUGUGAAAUGAAACACCGACGAACAAGUUUCAUUGCAGAAGUGGUGAAAAUGUUUGUUUUUAUAAGAGUCAAUAAUAAUCCCAAAAUACAGGGAAACACAGCUCCCCACUGGCCUAAAAAUACUACAACUCGACAUGACUAUAACAGUGGAGUUUAUUGCAUCAUUCAGUCGCUCAUGCUCAGGUAUUUCAGGAAGCAGUUUCCUUAUAUGGCGCCUCUCUCUGUCCUGGCUUUACCUGCCCCCCUACGCACACAAACACAAACACACACACUUUCCUCAAUUGGUUCACUUUUGGGAGUAUUACACAUAGUUUCUCGUUCAUUGCCCUUCGCAAUGUGCUGCUGUGUUCCAGGUUGUCAGUCAUACCAUGUCUGGCAUUCACCAACCUAGGCUUCUUCUUUAGGGCUACAUAAUCAAUACUGUUAACCCCGCUCCUGUGUUUGGGUCUGCACCAACCCGUUUUUGAUUUUAAAUGCUUAAAAGAACCACUUAAAUCAGCUUUUUUGUAUCAAGACUUUUUGACUCCGUCAGGAACCUAUAUUUUCUCAAUUUAAAAAAAAAAUCAAAUUGAUUAAAUUAUAAAAUGCUUUUAUUAAAAUUAUGGCACUUGUCGUGUUAGGGUCGCUGUUGACCUGGUUAAAUCAAUAUCUAAUAAUUAGAGAAAAAACUGAAACCACAACUGCACUGUCAGACACCACACUGACAGUCAGAUCCUCUUCCAAUCAUGUGAGAUUUAGGAAAUUAUCAUUUUGCCACGUUUAUCCCUGCACAAAAACUAUCUUGGGCAUGUUCAGAUAUGUGAGACCAAUUCAGUAUAGAUGUCUGUGUGAGGGGUAUACUGACAGAGAAAGGCCAAGAGGCCCACUACAAAUAUAUUAUGCACAAUAUUUUCAUGGAUAAUGAAGCCUAACAAGUUAACCUAGAGAUAAGAACCAAAUUGGAUGAUAGAGAAUUGUUUUUAGUGUAAUUUACAGCUGAUUUAAGACACGGGUCAAAACCGACCCUUAACGUGGUGGGUACAAAGUAAAAGCUAACACAGGAGGAAGGUUAAACCUCACAAUAGAAAUGUCAAAGUGUUGGAUUAGAUAGCAACAGUGAUGUUGAGUUAUAAUGCCACACUGAAGUUAUCAUUGGAGCUGACUGGAUUUAAAACCCAGAACAAUCCUGGAACACAAAAGUACAACAAGAGCAAAGUUUGAGCUGUGGUAUGAGUGAAACAUUCAAGUAAGAUGGCUGCUGUUUGAACAUGGUGGAUGGUCACCAGUCACAAUGUAGUGACAAGAACUCACAACCACCUGUUAACUGCUAAAUCUUGUAUUAGUUCUUGUAACUGCUCUUGCUUAAUGACAGCCUGUCUGUUUAACAGCAAUUACGGUUGUGGGUGGCACAGAACAGGCGGGAAACAGGCAGGAAGAAUGCGUGAUAGAGGAAGAGGAGGAGUAGGAGUACACAGCUCACCACACUGUUUUCUCGAUCUAGCAUGUCUGUAGCUGACUUGCAUCAGUUGCACGUGUCCAAACAUCUGAGCUCCCAUACACAGUUAAGAAAAGACCGUGCCUUUUUUAAAACACGCUCUCUGUUCAUGGCUUUAGGUUUCUGUGUUUAAAACUUGGUCUCCUGAGAAAUUACUGAACACAGGGUCAAUGUGAUGUGGGUUUAUUGUAUAUUGCAGCCCGAGUGCCAUAAAUCCAGCCCAUGUGACAGUGAGCUCUAUACUUAGGCCUUUAGUGGAGCGUGUCUGUUCAUGUGGGAGGGACUGUUUUGUUUGUCUGUCUGCUCAGUUAGAUUAACACAUAAGGGAAAUAAAUCAUUUAGAUUUUUAUCUCAUGUUUGGAUAGAAAGGUGUUUUAAUCAUUUAAAUUGAAUGCUACAUAUAAAGAUAUAAAGGCGGCAAGGGAUAAAUGUCUCUGCAGCCCACACAAGCAGUCUCAUGCAACAGAAAUUCACAAAAUAUAGAAAGAUGAUCUAACAGUAUCACACGAAUAUGAAUAUAAGGGUGUUUAUUUAAUUAUUCAUUCAUUUUAUUAUCUAGGGAUGCUGAUAAACUUUGGCUCCAGCACUUUUGAAAGACUGUGCUUUUUGUUGCUUAAUUUGAACUUUUAUGGGAGCUGGUCAAACUCUUUUUGGACUGGAGCUGUUUAUUUUGAGCAAGACUUUAAUGAAGUCACACCGAGUUCUAGUAUUAUUUCAUGGAUAUUUUCAAUGUUUUCUAGGCCAAACAAUUACUAGAGAAAAUAGGAUUAAUCAAAAUAAUAGCAGGUUGCAGACCUAAUAUCCUCAUCAGAUAGCGUUUCACCCCUGAUUAAAGUUACGCUCUUCACACUCUGUGUCCUCCUGCGAGUGAAUUAACACGUUUAUUUGUGGGUGAAUCAUUUACUUGAUGGGGGAAACGGACUCUCUCAAUCACAAAGUUAAUCUUGAGAUCUGGAGAGCUGUGUGUAUGAGUAUACUGAAGGUUUUCAGGCUGGGGUGUCAGUUACAUAGAAAUCCCCCCUUUUCAAACUCUUUUCAGCAUAAAGCCAGUUCAGUGGGCCGUGGAUAAUCUCAUUACACACACGCGCCUCAUGAGCUCAUACGCACAGACAAAUCAGCUCCAUUAGAUCCUCGCCCCACUAGGUCUUGUACGACACAUGCGGACAAAGGCUGAAAAGAUGCCUUCAAUAAGAACCACUGAAAGUGUUUCCCAUUUGAGGCCCUGACCCAUCCCCACUCCCCACUCCCCAUCCAUUUCUGAAAUGAAGUGGUAUACCUGUUUCUUUUUCCCUCUAAUUCCCUAAUUUGCCAUCUGGCAUUAAAGCCGUCAAUGGGUUUCAUCCAAUUUUUAUUUUUACUUUUUUGGACCCUGUUUCAAUUGCCAGUCACGUUAGUGAUCAAUGACCUGUCCUGCGUGCAUCUACUUGUGUACUUUCCAGGUGGUCAUGACUAACCUGACUGUUAGUUUGGCCAGACACGUCAUGAGUGUCUUUUCAGUGUGUGUGUGUGUGUGUGUGUGUGUGUGUGUUUAUGUUUACACAAAGGCAGCAGCACUACUCACUUUUGACCCAUCAAUCACAGUGAACGCAAAGACGGACAGUGUCCUCAUGCUGCAAUAAAGACCAGUAAAAUUUGUCUUUGUGAUGCUUUUAGAUGGAAAUGUCCCCUUUUUAAGUAGUUUCACAUAUUUCCAGAACCAAAGCCUGCUCAGCAUUGUUACAUUUGGUCAAAAUCACUAGUGAUAGCUGCUCUGUUGACAGGGCGAUUGGACGUCUCUGAGGACAAUACAGAGUGAGGUGUCAUGUACCCAACUGGCAUUUAUAAAACAAAGACUGCUUACAUGGGCACUCAUUAGACGAGGUGGGUGGAAAAAAUGCCCCAACUGCCUGCUCACCUCCAGCUGAGCAGGGUAACAUCAGGUUAGCCUUGGAUUUCCAGGAGGCUCACUACUAGUAAGAUCGGACUGAUGCAGGUCUGGUGUUUUGCUGUUUGGCCUUGUUAGAGCAGUUCGUCUUUAAGAUAAGACACCACUGUGUUAGCCAAGAGGCUCCCUGGCUUCCCAGAUGACAUUACAUUUGAGAGAUAAUCAUUUUCCUUUUUACUAGUGUCGUCUUCUGUCAUAGAUUAAAUUAAUUAAUUAAUGAACUAAUAUAUAAACCAUCAAAAUCUUGGAAUUAUUAUACGCUGUGAUACGACAAGCCUGGACCUGCUCAUUUACACAGUAUAAUAUUACAAUUUAUCAUUUUGAUUGUAAGAUAUGCUUUCUUUCUAGGUGACUACUGAACACGUGUUUUGACAUGUUGAACCUGAACGUGAUCAUUUGUUAUCAAAGCUUACAUUAAUAAAACAUGCUAUUCCCCCAGGAUAGGUGAACACUUGAUGGCGGCGGUUAGGGAAAGUGAGACCUUAUAUUGAUCUUGAUAAUUUAUCAUUGUUUAUCAAACAUGAAGAAGACAUGCAUCUUUGUUCUAUAGAUCAGUGUGUGGAACGAAAUCAAACGAUUCUGAUAGGAUCUUUUUAAACUGAUGUUGGAUCUACAUUAAGAGAGGGUUUAUGCCAUGUAAUCACACUGUAUCAAAUGGUUGGCAUAGUGUGUAACAUCUUUGCGUUACAAAUCUCUUUACCCUCAGUUUCCUGUCAACAUUUCACAUUUGUUUCCUGUUCUUAGGUAAGGUUAAUUUGGCAGCGUUGAGGUUGCUGUUUAAAUAGACACCUGAAGAUGCCUUUUUUUGGCUCUUUAAAUUAUGAAUGACCUUUGUGUCAAAUGAUUCACAAUUUCAACACAUCAAUAACAUGCUUGUUGGAUAAAAUGAUGAACAGAGUUUUUCUUAAAGAAGCAUCUCUUUUACAUUUUUACAAAGAUUCAUGUUUAAGCAAACUUAGACACAUGCUGUGGUAUCCUUCGCUCAGAGAUAUAUAGUUUAUCGUCAUAUAGAGAAAAAAAAAAAUUAAAUUAUAAGCCAUCUCAUGCUUCUUGGCUCUGGAUUAAUUUUUUCUCUCUACCUUUACCCCCUCCUUGUCUCCCCUCUGUCUCACAGAAUCAGCGAUGGCGCCCUCUCUCCUCCAGGCCUACAGGAGGCGCUGGUGGAUGGCAGUGACUGCUGUGAUUGAAAAUCUGCUGUGUUCGGCUGUGCUGCUGGGCUGGGGCUCUCUGCUCAUUAUGUUGAAGAGGGAAGGUUUCUACUCCCACCUGUGCUCAGGUAAAAGCCGAUGCUCAGAAUUUCAACACCCAUAUAUAUAUUUUUUUUUUCAUAAAUAUCUCCAAAGAACAGACAGAAAAGACAGCACCUUGUUUUAUCGUCUUGAUUCUUCAAAACUUCCCCUACUUUAAGAUGAUUAUUUUAUUUUUUGCCAUAAAACAUGAUUCAGUGCUGAGAAGUUUGGUAUUUUCUGAAUCAGUGAUUGGUCACUUUCUAACAACACAGAGGAUUCAAAAUCAGUCUAAUGUCAGCUCUUCAUUUGUGUUUUCUUGGGUAAAUAACCACAAGAAAUAUACUGUAUGUCUGUUCAUAUCCCAAGGCCAUAUAUACGUAAAGAGGAAGUUAUAAUGAUAUCAUCAGUUAGUUUCUUUUGCAAACUCAUGACAGCUCUGUCUGACCGGUUUUAUGAUGUAUGAGAGUUAUAAUUUUCCAGCUUUUAUUAUGAUCUCUUUCCCCAAAACUCUGAUGCUCCGAUUGGUCUCUUUUCGUACAUGAUCUGACUGCUCAUGUUUCUUGUCAUCCCCCACCACAGUAAAUGAGUCCGUGGUCGUGUCUUUGGGAAACUCCUCUGAUGGGGAGGCGGAGGAGUGGCUCAGCUGUGUGGAUCAGGAAGAGAUGCUGAAUUUAGGUUUCACGAUCGGCUCCUUCUUACUCAGCGCCACUACCCUGCCACUUGGUAUCCUGAUGGACAAGUUUGGUCCACGUCCGAUUCGCCUUACGGGCAGGUAAUGUUUAGAAACACAAGCAUGUACUGGAAUAUUUGUUCCUCAGGAGUUAACUUGUUAAAUUACAGCCAAACCUCUUUUGCUAGAUAUACAAUAACUCUGUAAUAAAGGUUGUCAUUGAGCUUAUUCCAUUCAUAAAUGCUGUAAAGAUGAGAAUCUGGAGUAACAGCUUAAGGAAACAGAGUUCAGUUUCCUCAACUAGUCUUGAGUUUAUAGCAAAAAAAGCUGAUAGAUCACAUUCCCAAGGUGGGCGGAGUGUGACUGUGGUACCUGUGUGUUCCUGUUUGAGAAUCAAUGAAUAUAGGUGGGGCAGCUGAGUGUGUGUGUGGAUGAGUGAGUGUGUGUGUGUAUUGGUUUUGGAGUAAGUUCUGACAUUCUCUGUGAUGGGUGUGGGAAAAAUAUAAACACAACUCCACUGCAAUAAAAUCAUACAACAAAGUACUAUCAGAGUAAACCAACACUGCACGUACAUACCUGUCAGACAACAAGUGGAGAAACAGGAGCAGCACAUGAUUAGACUUUUUCAAUCUUGGCAGAUGAUGAACAGCCUAAGUGAUCACUUACUGUGUUAUUUAAAUGCCAUUGUUGUAGUUGUACAUCAUGAUUUUAUGAUUACACUUGUGUCAUUGAACUUGUGUUCACAUCCGCUUGCUGUACCCGACUGUAUGUGAACAUAUUUGCACAAAGCUUUCACUCAUUGUUUUGACAGUUGUAUGACUCAGGCGUUAACAAACAGAGAAACUGCUGAAUCAGCAGCUGUGGCCCUCUGGGAGUUUAUAUGUACUUAUAUGUUUAAAUCUGACUUAAGUAUUUUAAGUGCCUUUUUAAUCUCAGUUCAUAAUGUGGUAUGAAAUCUUAUAAAAUCAUUUAAACUUUGUCACAGCUCUUGUUUCGGCCUGUCCUGUGUCCUGAUGGCCUCGUCUGCUUAUGACCCACAUGGUAAGUAAAACAAGCACAUUAACCCUCACAUACUGUUCAAAUCUGGUACCCUCACAGUAUGUUACGGGUCAAAAUUGCCCCUUCAAAGAGUUGAAAGAGCAGCUUUCUGUCACAGAAAGUUCUCUUGACUAGUUAGGUCAUUUUGACCCCUGUCUAGGUGUGUCUCUGUGACUGUAUGUCUGUGUGCGUGCGUGUGUGUGUGUGUUUCUGUCAAGGUAAUGAUAGUUUCAUAAUGAUUUGAAUAUAUCUUUUUGAACAACAAACCUUACAUUGAACACUGUUGUUACUGUUUGUCACUUGUCCCACACUGCUAGAUCUAAAAUCCAUCUAAAUAUAGAUACGGGUCAAAUUUGACCCGUAACAGCCCUAGAGGGGAAAAAUUUGUAGCACAUAAACAAAAAUACACAUGAAUAUUUUUAAAUUAAUUUCAUGUAUUUUGGGCAACUUCGGGAAAAGUCAUCAAGUUUCAGGCUUAAAAAAAUAUGUUUAGGGUAUUUUUACUGCUGUUAAAAGUCAAAGCGGGUCAAAUUUGACCCGAACAGUAUGUGAGGGUUAACACAUUGAUUACAAGUUACAUUAAUUUACUUUUAACUGUUGCAUAAGUGAUACGUGAACUUGAAAUACUGCGGUGAUUUAUAUGGGAGUCACCCUAUUCUGAACAUUGCAUAGGUAGUAUUGAUUGACAGCUGAAGGUAAAUGUCUGCAGGUGCACUAAUGUACUUUGAUAUCACAGAGGUUGUCUGGAACUGCAACAUUCACACAUGAUAACAAAGUAUGCUCAGAAUUCAUGUGUUACAUAACAAUUCACCACUAAAGAAGGGGGGCUUAUGUUUGAUGGUUAGAUAAUGUGGAAAAAUGUAACAAGUGAUGUCAUAUAUGUCCCUAAAAGUCGAUAAGUAAAUGCAAAGGUUAAGGUUAAGAACUGGAACAUUUCUGCACUCUUUCCAUCUGGCUAUAUUUCAUAGAUCAUGGAGGCGGUGCAGUGCUAGCUCACACAAAAAGAUAUGUCUGUCUGUAAGGUUGAGUAAACCCUCAGGCCUGUAAGUCUGAGGCUGAAGACAUAUCUUCAGGCUCACCCAAUAAUGUGAAUUCUUCUUCUGUCUUUUUCUCUGCAGUUCUGUCACCUCUCAUUUUCUUAGCUCUCUCCCUGAACGGCUUUGGAGGCAUCUGCCUGACCUUUACUUCACUCACGGUGAGACACACAUAUCCACAAAAGAGGACUUAUACAAAGAUAUGGCUUUGACUGGUUUAAGGUGAAAAACAUGAUAUGUGUAUUGACAAAGGAGCCAAGUGAUGCCUGUGAGAGAAUAGUUGGUUUCCAUUUCCCUCAUUUGAUAAUUACAGUUCUCAGCUCUUCCUCAAGCCAGACCCAGUGUGGUCGUUUUAAAACACCAACUGAAUUACCUAAAUCACCAUUUUUGGUUCUUUGUUUUCAUGGUUGUAAUUUUGUCCACACGCACAGUACCACAGAACUGAAACACCUACUUUGUUUGGUAUCAACAUCUUACAGAGGAGGAAGUAAAUAUAAGAGGGAAACACAUGUAAAGUCACCUCUAGAAAAGGACUUCACAGAGUGUUUGUUGGAUUGUAUUCAAACCACAAAUUGGAUUAGAUGGUCAGAAUGUCUUUGGCAACAGCUUUUGUUUUCACACUUAGUACUGAGAGUCAGCGACCACCUCUCAUAGUUACUGCCAUUUAAGGCAAGAAAGGGUGUCUGGGUCUAAACCAAUCAAUGGAAACAAAGUGUAGACCCAGAGAUCAUGGGCACACUAAAAAAUCACAAUGCACCAAAAUAUUGGUCUUUGUCUGGUUUAGAUGCAAAAGAUACAAAUCAAAGUAUAUGAAAAAUUCAACAAUCCCUCAGAGCCUCUAUCAACUCCUCAUCUUUAUGUCAGUAUUUUACACAUAAGGAUAGCAGCAUAACUUUUAAGCCGGUCCGUCAUAAUUUUGCUGUGAAAUGUUCCUCAGCAUGCAGAAAUAGUCCGCUCAGUGGUUACAUAACUGUGAUUCUGAGAUGAAGGGUUGUUUUCCUGGAACCAACAAGCAGAAAAGUCCUGGUAGCUGAGAGUCCCAGUGGGUCGGGGCCUCUGUUUGUCUCAGCUGAGGAAACAGUAUGUGUUGUGACUGGGGGCUGUGUUUGUUUGCAUUCACGCCAGGCAUGUGUGUAUGCGUGUGAUGUGUCAGCUGGUAUGAACAUUAUCGAGUGCUUUUAUUGUGGCCGCUGCCUUCUGACCGUGUCCUGUCAAGUAUUUGGGUCGGUGUUGUGUGUUGGUACAGUGUGUAUUUUACAUUGUAGGUGCUUUCGUCAAAGCUGCACAUGACUUCUCCCAGAUGGAAACUGUCCCAUUUAUGUUUCAACCAAUAACGGCCCCCGGUUGACCACACACACCCUUCCCAAAGCCCAGCCCACUCACCUCUGCUGAAACACUCAAUGCCACCCUUUCUUUCAUCUCCUCUGGUCUUUGUGAUCACAUCCUUUCUUCCUCGUCUUUUCCUCUUCCUCACACUCUUUCCUUUUUUUACUGUCCUUAGCAGAAAAUCAAUCAGCGCAGAACCUUUUCAACUCUGCAUGACUGUGCACACAUGUGGUUGUGCAAGUGCAUGUACAUGGUUAUGUACACACAGGGAGUUGAACGUGAAACAGAUGUCUAGAUAAAGAGGGUCCAAGUGAGUAUGGACAGAUGACCCUCAACUGUGACCCCUUCUCUGACCAAAGCUGGUGUCAGUGUAAAAAUGAAAGAAAACUCUUUGUGCUUGGUCCUGCUCAAAUCAAAUAUUCGUCUCCUUUAUAGCUACCUUUGUACAUUUAAUUUGACUGGAAACCGCUGACAAAAUAACUAAGCAGAUGAAGCAUUUAACUAAUAUCCAUUUAAACAAUGAAGUAAUCAAUAAGUUCACUUUUUUGUCUAAUAUGAGAGUAAAAUGUUUAUUGUUUAUUAGGAUCCCCAUUAGCUUUUGUCAAGACAAGUCUAGUCUCCUUGGGGUCCAAAUGAAGGUCCUUAUGUUUUAUUUUUAACUCUGUGUCGUAUAAAUCAAGACAUGAAGGCAGUUGAAGACCUCACCUCGGGCUCUGGAAAUGGUUUGUGGCAUUGUGAUGGAUAAUUUAAUAGGUGAUCAGUUAUUUUGAGUUUGCUGUCUUGUUCUCUUUGGCAGCACAAAUUAGUUAAAACUGAUGGUGACAGCAUUGAAAACACAGAAUAAACACAGAAUCCUGCAAGCGUUAAAAGGAGUCAUUCACAGUUUUUUGGCGGUGAAUCAUCUGGGUGAUGUUAAAGGCAUCUGAGAUUUUACCCAAGGAUGUUGCCUUGAAUCUUAACCUUGUUUCCUUCAGUGUGGAUGAAUAGAUUACACCCUCAAUUACAUCUGUAUUACCUCCGCUAAAGCAGUUAAAAUGUCGUCAUAAAGGUAAACUUAUAGCAUCAGUAAACAGCUCAAAAAUAAAAGCAGGAACAAGAUGAUCCAAUUCACAAUAGAGUUAAAUUCAGUGAUUUUAAUGAGGUUUCCAUGUAAACAAAAGGAAAAUGAGCUGCUGAGAGAAUCAGAAGUUUUACACUUUGGAUCAUGACACAAGUUGAAGUCGAAACGGAAGGAAUGAAUCCAGCACAACCCCCAAAGUAUGAUUAAACCUGUGCUAUUUGCACCCUUACAUGCUCACCCACAUUAAUGGCAGGAAGGCACUGUGCUAUUUGUACUCUAUUAAUCAGAAACACACUUGAGUAACCCCUCCACCCCCCCUGGGUUUGUCCUUGUUCAACCUUAGUGUGUGUCCCUCUCUCUUAUGUAUGAUUGGGCAGUUGAGUGUACCGGCAUUAACUGACCUCCACACUGUUGUUGUGGUUCCUAAGAGUGAAUGACGACAGAGCACGAGGACGGGGGACAAACAAACUCAUGAUUCAAACCAUGUGGUCGACAAUUAUAACUCAUAGGAGAUAAUAAAACGAGAGAUUUCUAUGUUCUUAUGGGUCAGUUUCAGCAUAUUUGCUGUAAUACACUAGCCUUUAAGAGGGACACAGUACCCUAAUUCAGAGGGUCUGGCUUGUAGUGCAAUACAAGUCCUAUUAUAAACUUGUUGAAAUGAUAGUUGACAAAAAAAUUGACAGUUACCAUUUUCUACAAGUUUGUCGAAGUCCAUUGCAUUUGCAGGAUCUGCCCUCAUUGCCAUAGGGCAGACAUCAAUCUGUGAAAACUUUGUCAACUUUCCGAAGGUCAGAGUUGCUUUAAGAGCCUUCGAUGUAAAUUUUAGUGUGAGCGAGAACCUUCAAUCCGUAAAAAGGGUUCGUAAACUUUCUGAAGGUCAAAGUCUCUGAAACUUCUCCAUCUGUCGUUGAUGGUUUUCAAAACCGUUUCCCGGAAAAACCUUUACCUCCAUUUUUCCUCAUAACUACUGACAAAUGAACAGUAGUGUCAUUAACCUGUAUAAACACAACUUAGUGGUUUAAAGUUCAUUUAAAGGCAUCAAGUGGAUUCAUCUCAAUCUUCUCUUAACCAGAAACGUAGAGGUCAUACCUCCCGCUUUCAAAUUAACUUUCAUCGAUGACGCAUGUCAACUAUGUACAGUAUGUCAGAAAGCUUGUGUGACACCUUUGCUGUAUUUUCAUUUAGGAAUGCACUUACUGCACCUACUGUAAAAGACAGGGGAUCGCCCUUUCAUGGUACUGGCUGUUUGCAGAGGCUUGUCUGGUCACAUGCCGCUGAAGAAAGUCACAGUUAUGAGAGUCGUUUGUCCUCCACGUGUUGUCGUGGGUCUCAGGAAGAGGCUGAGUUUCCUCCGAAGAAACACAUUUGGAAGUUGGUAUUUUUUGUGGAGGACAACUGAAUUUCCAUCUCUACUUUUCAAACACGCUUGUUCAUUAUGUGAGUCUUGUGCAGCUGGAUGUAAGUGCUGUGCCCACACUGAAAAUUAAAAAAAGGGUUAAAACUGAAAAAGGUGAGAGAGGGCAGCAGUGACCAGACAUGUGGAAACAAAGCUGGUGCUAAUCAGCUGUGGUUUGGUGUUUCCUGCAGAGAUUUCCACAGAGAGAGAGAGAAGCUGCAGCUGUGACUCAGGGAGAUCAAUCAAACUAAAAAAUGUUGCACACAAUACGCCUUUUUUUUGUCACUUCAUUUUGUGAUGAUCUUCCUCUUUCUUUUUGUUUUAGUUACUUUUGUCUCACUUUUUGCUGUGUAUUACAUUUAUUUCACAUGCUCGGCACUGCAUAAAACGCUCUCUACUUAUUAAGCUACAAUUUGGCCCAUUCUCUAUGCGAUUAAGAUCUUAAUUAAACUUUGUGCCAAAGUCUUACAACACCAAAGUGAGUGAGCACAGCAGGAACAGAGCCCGAUGUGAUUAGUGGUGACAAGUGAACGGCCAAAUCCCUGUUUCUGUGUGACUUUGUGACACCAGUUGACCCCGGUGUUCCUCCACGCAGUCACGUGUUCCCAUCUACGCCCCCCUCAGCUAGCAGUGCUAGCAUGCAGAGCAUGUGCUGCUUGGCCCUUUGUGAAGUAUGUAUUUUAUGAGAACUGCCAGAACUGCUGGGAAACAUGCCUGCUGCUGGCAUAUGCACACACUUCCACAUGCAGCCACACAUGUCACGCAUUUUCUCCCUUUGCCUCAUGCACAAAUCUCUUGGACACACUGCGGUUGCUGCUACAACAUUUUGAAAGCAAACAUGAGUUAGCUAACAUCUCACAUGGCUGGAAUAUCUUUACUUUAACAUUUGUCAGAGAUGCAAACUCUGAUGUGUGCUCAGAGGGCCCUCUCGCCUACAUACUACAAAUCUCCGCGAGUCAGAGAGUCCAGUGCUGCAGAUCUCAUGGCCACAGACCGGCCGUGAAGUAUUUCAAUUCUCAGAAGCUCUGAAUGAAGAUGGGUGUUCUCUGAGAUGUUUUUCUUCCUUCAUUCAAUCAGGAGCUCUGUGGAACAUCCUCAGGAAAGCUUUUUUUCCUGUUUACCUGCUAAAGUCGCUGUUGUGUCAGCUUUUGAAUUGACCUCACCAUCCCACUGGAACUUACACAAAGAACAUACUAGUCUUUCAGGCACAAACUGCAGGCCCUCCCGUGAGAGAGUUUAUGAACCCUAGUGUUAAAGCUUGCAUCACGCUAACCUAACUUUGGGGGGAACAUUUGCGACUGCAGUUUAACUUCUGGAAAUAACUAUAGGCCGAAUUUCACAUUUGCUCAUUUAGUUUUUGCAAACACCUUCAAUUUUGCUUUCACGUGCAGCUGUAGCAGGCACCUUCUUCGCACUUGAAGCAAAAUUAUAGUUAAUGAGAAAUUAAACAGUUUAAGUGACUGAUAUUUCCCCACAUUUGCUAAAAACAGUAAGUGCAGUGCACACAGGAGCUGUGUAUGGUGAAAUGUGUCAGCACCAAUGCUGAUGGAUGGAUGGAUGGAUGGAUGGAUGGAUGGAUGGAUGGAUGGAUAGAUAGAUAGAUAGAUAGAUAGAUAGAUAGAUAGAUAGAUAGAUAGAUAGAUAGAUAGAUAGAUAGAUAACAUUCACCAGGUGGCAGUAGCUCAGGAGGUAGAGCGGUCGUCCAAUAACCGGAAGGUUGGCAGUUCGAUUCCCCCCUAUCCCGAGUCUGUCCGUUGUGUCCUUGGGCAAGACACUUAACCCACCUUACUCCAAGUGUGUGUCCUCCACUGGUGUAUGAUUGUGAGUGUUGUGUGGUGGCAGCCAGUUUGCGCCCACCGGUGUGUGAGUGAAUGACUUAUGGAUCCAAUUUAAAGUGCUUUGAGGGUAUCUGAUGAAGCACUAUAUGAAAUCUGAUCCAUUAUUAUUGUGUUGCUCUGUACGUUCUAUGUAAAUAAUAGUGAUUUGUAAUUAAAUAGUAAGUACCCGUAUGAUUAAGUGUCUGCCAUCGGUGAAUCUGCACUUUGUAAAAGGAUCAACAAGUGGCCAAGAAACAGUGAAUGAAGGGUAAGCAAGUAUCAAUGCACACAGAAACACUUGAGUUAAUAUUGGAGAAGCAGAUCGAGUUACGUCAUCAUUGCUACAAAUACAAAGUGUUAAUAAAAGUCCUAAUUAUUUUUUUUCCUACUGGUUCCCUAAUUUUCCAUCCUCAGCUUGACGUCAUUUGUUCCAGCUUCAGUGAGAUCAGGUCACCGUUGAGGUAGCAAUGCAGCGCCCUUAAAAUCCUUAACAUGUGAUCUUAUAAUCAUUAUUGACCCAUUUAAAACUCCAAUCAAAGGACACUGAGUGCGCUGGCAGCACAAUAGGUCAUUGUUGUGUUUGCUAAGCUUCUUACUACGGUAAAUAGGUCGCUUAAUAUAUGAUGUGUUAGUGCCUGGCCCCCUUCCACCUUGUCCUCUUUGCAGUGUGUCAGAUAUGCUCCCACGCUGCGUCCACCGAGCCCUCAAGUUCAUCGAGAGCUUGCUAUGGAUUGGCUUCCAAGUUUUUAAUCCUUACUGAAAGAAUAUGUUGAAACAGCAGGAAUAAAGAAGAUGAAUAUGAGCCUGAGUAUAGCUUAGACUGUGUGUGAACCAUGGGGUCAGAGCCAAACUAGGUCAUGACUUCGUUUUCAGUUUCCUCGGGACAUGGAAACUAAUAUUUUAUUAACGAGUCUGCUCUGCGGGGAGAAAGAGAGGUGUUACUGGGUGCAAACUCAAGGUAGGGUGUGUUCACAGUGUUUAGAGGAAAUGCAGGACAUUUAUUUUGAAUGCGCCUUUUAUAAUAUUUGUGGAAAUUCAUUUUGCAAUAAAUCCCAAUUCAUGAAUAAAUUGCUGUAUAAACAGUGAAUUUGGUGGCUGCGGCUGUGAGCCAGUCCUCUCACAGUUUAGUCACUUUAUGCACACUCGCUCGUUCCACUGGGUGGCUUUGACAUUUCAUAAAUACUUUCAAAACUGUGCUUACUCUUGCCAAAUUUUGUCACAGCUAUGGAGGAACUGUUGAAGUUUUUGCAUAGUACUUGAACAAAGCAGCAGUCUGCCACCUGCUGGUCAGGAGAACCCCCUGCACCUGGAUUAACUCUCAGUUUUUUGUCUCAGUGAAGUAGUCCACGCACAGACUUCAUGUGGUCAGAGGUCUUAAUAAACAUGUUGAAGAAUGUGAAACUGACAUACAUUAAUCCAUUUCACUCUAUGUCUUUCUUAUUUAUUCCCCCUGUUUGUUUGUCUCUAAAGCUCCCCAACAUGUUUGGUGCUAUGAGCUCAACCAUCAUGUCUCUGAUGAUCGGCUCCUACGCCUCCUCUGCUGUCACUUUCCCUGGAGUCAAGGUAAAUCAUAGGAGACUACAUUAAUCAUAAAUGCAUGCUGUAUUGACUUAAAUGUGGAUCAAAUUAAAAAGCGCUAAAGACAAAUAAACAACUCUUUUCUUCUCCUCUCUUAUCUCCAUAGCUGAUCUACGAUGCAGGUGUCUCCUUCCAGGUGAUCAUGUGGAUGUGGGCGGGUCUUGCUGGAUUUGUCUUCUUCAACUGUUUCCUUAAUUGGCCAUCUGAAGGUUUCCCAACACCUGACGAGGUCGACUACAGGUAAUUGUGGAUGCUUUUCCAAUGCCGUCCUUUCAUUCCAUAGAUACAAAACUGAUCAGGAAAUCACUGUAGCCACAAUGCGUGUGUGUGUGUGUGUUUAUCCAACAGUAAGAUCCUCACACUGCAAGAUCUGCCAUCAUCUGACCAAAAGGGUGCUGCAGAGAGACUGAGUGAGAAAAAUGGAGACAUCAGGCACUCCACAGAGAAACUUCCAAAUGGAACCGACACCCAGCUGGCCUCUAGUGAGUAGAAACUCAACCCUCAGUAUGAAUGCAGUGAGAGUUUGUGCCUUUGUAACAGGUUAGACGAGUCAAUAAAGCGAGACCACUUCAGAUGUGACGGUGGCUUUGGCUGUUCAUAAAAGACUCUCUGCUGUCCCCUCAGAUGCUGUCCCCUUCAGGAGGUCUGUUUUCUCUCCCAUCUUUCUGUGGAGUCUGGUUACCAUGGGGAUGUCCCAGCUCAGGAUCAUCUUCUUCAUGGGGGCCAUGAACAAGAUGCUGGAGUUUAUGGUCACACAUGGUGAAGAACAUCGUAAGUGUCCAGUUGUCAGCCACGUGAUAUUGUGUUUGUGUUUUCAAAGGGUGAUACUGACAAAGUGGGUCUUUGUUUUCAUAUUUUAGCAUCAGAGCAGCUGGUGAUUGAAGCAGAAGAAAAAGGUGAGUAAAAGUGGCUAAAAGAAGAUAUUGAUGUUCAAUAAUUAUCUGACAUUUUAGCAGUUUUAAAAACAAGUUUUUCUGUUUCAGUGAGUUUCUACUCGUCCAUAUUCGGCACACUACAGCUUCUGUGUCUGGCCACUUGUCCUCUGAUUGGAUACAUCAUGGACUGGAAGAUGAAAGAGUGUGAAGAUGAGACGGCUGUUUCAGCCACAGAGAAGAGGUACACACAGGGAGUCCUAAGAGUUAAAAGGGGAGAAUCAACAACAUGAAAACAUUUGAAAGUCAUGCUCCUAAGGUUUUGUGGUUUAUAGAAACCUCUGAUAUCUGAGUCUGUUUUGUUUAUGUUGAGAACUUUCAUGGGCUCCACUGAUGUAAAACACCUGUGUGUGUGUGUGUGUGUGUGUGUGUGUGUGUGUGUGUGUGUGUGUGUGUGUGUGUGUGUGUGUGUGUGUGUGUGUGUGUGUGUGUGUGCGCCUUACCAGACAGACCAGUGCCCCAAAAAGAGACCGCAAAAUACAGAAAGUGACUAAUGCUAUGAGAGCCUUCAUCCUGACCAACCUGCUGCUGCUCGCUUUUGGAGUCUGCUGCCUCAUAGACAACCUGCCUCUACAGGUACUGCGAACACACACACAGAUUUUUGGAGACACAUGAGCAUGCACAUUACUGCAUAAACAGGUCGGAGACAAACAGCUACACCGAUUGCAUUGGUUUAUUUAUUUUCUCAGAUCUUGACCUUUAUCCUCCACACCAUGGUCCGAGGUUUUAUCCAUUCCUGCUGCGGGGGCCUUUAUGCUGCUGUGUAAGUGCUUCACCAUAAAUUAAACCAUAGAUUUAUAGUUGGGGAUCUAUUGUUUGCUCUUGGCUCAUUACCUGGACUUCUAAAUGUUACAAACUCUUGGUGUGUCUCUCUUAUAGAUACCCUUCCAACCACUUCGGCACGCUGACAGGUCUUCAGUCAAUGAUCAGUGCUGUGAUCGCUCUGCUGCAGCAGCCGCUCUUCAUCGCCAUGGUUGGACCUCUAGGAGGAGACCCCUACUGGGUGAGGAUGCAGAUUUAUUAUUAUUAUUGUUUAUUCCAGUUUUGGGCCAAGUGUGUGUAAUUUUUUGAUGCUGCAUCUACCUUGAUUCAGCAGAAAAAACAUUGACUCACAAAAACCUGGUCUACAGACAAUGGGACAGUGUUUUCUGAUUUAAAAAUCCUUAAAUGGACAGUGAGACUGUUAGGUUUGAUUCAUGAUAAUAACAAUGUCCGCUUAUUAGUUUCCAAAGCACAAGUAUAUUUGUGCCUUUUUCACUGACACACUUCUCUAUAUCUCUGUUGCUCUAACUUUCUCCCUUUGUCAUCCUUCUUUCCUCCAGAUCAACCUGGGCCUGCUGAUCUUCUCAUUGGCUGGCUUCCUGUUACCAGGUUACUUGUUCUACCAUCGUAGACACCUGAUGAGGGAAAAGGAGGCCAGAGACAAGCAUGCCGCUGAACAGGAGAUGCAGGCCCUUAGGCACAGUGAGACAAACGGCCACAAACCCCACAGCAAUGGCCUCGCUGCUGUGGAGGCUUAAAACGAAACAGUAGAGUCACCAUAAGGGGAGCUGUCAGAUCUUUUUUUGUAUGUGCCUUCAAAAUUAGCACCACCAAUCUGCUCUUUCAUAAAUAUUAGGAGUUAUAUUUCACUAUUCCUGCUCUGGUCAUGCUGGUUCACAUUUGCCCUCCAAACGAUCAAAUCACAGAGUUAGUAGGCUCUCCCGUGUCCGUUAUCAGUCAGAUUAAGAUUUGAAGUUCCUUUUAAAGCGGAAAGGAACAGUGUUGUCAUCACUGAUCGCUGUUUAUUGGUUUUGUUUGAGUCGAAGAGCCAAAUUAGUGCGAUGUAAAGCCAUAGAUUUCACGCACACGCACAUGAAAAGACACGCACAAAUCCUGGUAUGGCCUGUGUGUCAGACUGUGGAUAUCACGGUACUUGAAAAACUGAUGAAUAGUUUUAUAAAACUUCUGAUAAUCAUGACAAUCCUGGCUAACACCAAAGAACAGUUAGGAUAUAUCAGGAAAGCUACACUUAUUAAUUUAAUAUGUCAUCUUUAGUAUGUUGUGCUGGUUCUACUGUAAGCUACAGAAGCCGAGAGCAGCCGUGCAUGCAGGUUUUCUUUGCCACUGUGUCCCGCUCUGAGUUAAUUACCUUAAAAUCUGGUGUAGAGGGUGCACUUUGUUAUUAUCUGAAAAGUAGGCUGUGUCCUACACAAGAGUGUGACUACACCCCCAUGACAUUCAGAGAGGCCGCAUCUUUUUAAUUCCUUUCUUUCUCACUAUGUCAUCAUCAUCAUCAUCAUCCAUUUUCAGAAAGCUAUGAAGUCAUUAAAUCCUGACAAAUGCUGGUUACAUUGAAAAUACUUCUCAAUUUGAGAAGACUGACCAAUGGCAGGAGAGUCUGAGCAAACUGGUCAUGGGCAGUGGGUCUGUCUGCACCUCAGAACUACAGGCUCUGCUCAAGUACUGUAAGAGUAUUAAACCAGAUAAGAACCCACUGAGAUUGAGAUCUCUUUUACAAGGGUGACCUGGUGGACAGCAGGAUGACGUCAUCAUAUGAUACCUGGAAGAGCCUGCAGAGAAAUUGUGUUAAUGAACACAAAGGAAGUCCUGAAUCCCCCCACCCUCCAAAAACAGACUGUAUCUUCUAUAUCAUUGCAGUUGAUAUUCUGGAUCUUUUGAUUUUUACUUAUCAUAACUUUUUUUAUCCCAAGAAAACAUAACUUAUCCCAAGUACACUUUCAAACCAUGUACUUAUUUUCACGUUCUCCGAAAAUAUCCUGUGCUCUUGGGAAAACAAAAUUUAAAAUCUAAACACAUUAUUUUUCAUCCUGACAUGUCUCUUUUAACCAAUAACUUGUCUUUAGAAAAACCUGUAAGUUCUGCUGCUCUUGACUUCUGUAGGAAUCCAUUCAGUACGAGCUCUACAAACACUAUCUUCAGAACACUCUGCAAUGCAAUAAAGCUUUUAAAGAAAAGAACUAAAAUAUAGGAAAACUGAACUUCAGGUUUAUAGAGAGAAGCUUUUGGGACACUUUUAGACCCCAGGUAAUCAGGCACACUCACAUGUACACAGAUAGGCUGGUUGUAGAGACACCACAUCUACCUCCUCUGCUUCCUUUUUGUACUGUCUCUCUGCAACUAUUCCCCCCGUCUGUCCAUCAGUUUUGUCGACUUCUGAAAGCAUCCGUCCCCAAGGUCAUUUUAUUAGUUCAUGGUUUGUCCUUAUGUGUUCGUGCUCCUUGGCCGUUGCAUUUCUGCAAUUUUAUGUAUGUAUGACAAAAAAAGUUAAGGAAUUUUACGAGGAAAAAUAGGACUAUUAUAAUGAGUUUUAACACAGAGUGUGUCGACGUAAUGAAACACUUUUUACUGCUUUAUGCACAGAAAUGAACUAGUGUGUGUAUAAAAUAUGUAUUUAAGUGUAUUUUUUUAUUGUAGCUGCAGUAGCAUUGAAAAGGGAAGCAUUUGUUUCUGUUUAUUUGUAGUGUGCUGAUCAUUUAUGAAGCUUUGCUGAUUUUUAUGUGUAUUCUACUUUUGCUUUUUUUAGUCUUUUUUUGAUUUUGAAGAAAAGAAACCUCAAUUUUUGUAAAUAGAACUGAGGUGUGUUUUUAUUUUACUACAUAUUCAGUUUGUUCUACAAUAUAUGGGUGUGUACAGUUUAUUAAGUAUAUAUACUGAUGGCUGCGGUCAGUAUUGCUUUUUACUCUGGUUUUUAUGCUUGAAUGAUGAAAUUUCAGUAAAAUGGUUUCAGACAGGAGGUUAAAAAAAAACUUUCAUCCAAAGUCCGAACAAAAUGUGUUUUAUUUUUACACAUUUACUAUAGUGUCUUGGAGAUUUAAGGAAUCUGUUGUAAAGUUAAAAUUUUCAGUAUUUGUCUCAAUCAAUGUUAGUGACAGGCAGCUUUUACUUCUUGCCUGGAGUAUUUCUUUGUUUUUAGUCCAUACAUGAAAUGUGUUUCACUUCAUGAAUUUUUGCUCUCUCACUUUGAAGACUGUCUAGCUUCAAGUCUGUGCCUUUGCUGCUGUCUGGACUUUAUGCAAUAGAUGUUAAUGUGAGAUUACUGCCUCUGCCAAACAUCUUUCUCUGUAUACCAAAGCCAUGUGCAGAGACUGUCAAUACGGUGAUACUACGGCACUUUUCCUCAGGAGAAUAUAAGACUAAUAAUGACAGGAAUGCCUCACUUUACAAUGUAGUAAACAUCAGUCUGGUUGCUACUUUUUAUGUCUUGAUAAUUGUCAGAGGUGUGGAUUUACUUUAAUGGUAACUUCUGUCUUUUGGUUGUGUUCAGUAUGGGUACGACAAAGAACAUUUCAACAAGAGCAGGGAGGGUUUCACCACAGUAUCCGUUACAUUUUUAAAAAUGGUUCUAGCAACUAUCUGAGCUUUCUAAAACUCUGAACAUUAAAAAGUAUCUGCCCAAUUUAGGUUGUAGCUUAAGUGUAUGAGUGAAUUGGUAGAAGAGAAAAUUAAAUCAACAUCUCUGACUCUCAAAAAGUCAGUAUCCGUCCUCUUGUGCUUAUCUCUUUUUUGCCUGUAUCAUAAAUGUUUUGCCCUUGAGGUUGCUCUGUUGGUAUCUCUUGCUGAAUGAACAUCUUUUUCCUGCUUUAAAUAAAUGUAUCGUGUUUGUGCAUUUGAUAAACAAAUAAAUGUCUGAAUGCAAAUAUAAUGUGUAAAUGGAGCUUAUGUUAUUGUGGCUUUAGGCAUGCUGUCAAGUUUGUAAAACUGAAUAUUUUAAACCAAAUCAUCUCAAUGUGUGAAAACGGCCCUGAGAAGUCUAAGAUACUGACUCAAACAAAGAAUAAUUACCAAAGUUUAUUUGAUUUUGGCAUUAUGGUCAAAAGUUAUCACAACAGAGUCAAAGAGGGACAUACAUACAGUGUCUGCUCAGUCGUUCCUAACAUCAUUCAGUUCAACAGCAGCUCUCUGCCUUUUACACUAUUCUGUAACAUUUCUGACAUCCUCACACAUCCACUGAGUCCUUACUCCUCUCACGCAUAUCAUACAUCCUUUUGCAUCAUGUCUUCUAACCCCUCUCCUAUCAAAACAUACUGCCAAUAAUACAAUUAUCUGGAAAACACACAUACAUCCUCUUACAAAAUGUACAGACACACACUCACAUUCAAACACAGGUGUGCACACAGUGGGCUCCUGUCUAUCUGAGGCUGUUGCUGUUGGGUUGUGAUCCAGCAAGGCCGGGAUGGUCGGGACUGUGACGGUUCUGGGGAAAGAGAAAGAGAGAAGUCAUUACUUUAAACUUCACAUGUGUAAUAGACAUCCCUCUGCUUGAGUUUGUGAAUGCAGAACCAACCACAAGCCUGAAACAGUGAAGAACUGAGAGUACAGAUAAUGUGUUCAUGAAUCAGGAGGAUAUCAAAGUGCCUCAAGAUCUCGUGUGUCUAGUUGAAAAAACAUCUUUUAAAGAAAAUUCCUUUUUGUACUAAACCAUGAACACCACGCCGUGCUUUAACGUUUUGUAACCUGGUGGUUCAGCCAAUUGAUUCAAAUUUUACAGCACUGAAUCAGUGAGUUGCUCAUUAUGACAAAGCCACUAAACUAAACCAAAUCUCACAUUUUCUGUCCAACAUUUGGUUUGACUGAAUCCAAACGGCAUAACUGGAAAGGUCUUUGUUUCUCUAAUAAGAGUUGCUAAGUCCCUGUUGGAAGCAAAAAGGUUGAGAUCAUUUGCACAAAGCAAAGGGAUUAUAGUUUUUGAUAGUGAUAUUAUUUCAUUGGUCUACAUCAGAAACAAUAAAGUGCCAAAUAUGGAUCCUUGAGGUACACCAUAGUGAACCGUUUUUCUUGUUUACUCAUUAUAAAGACCAGGGUUAACAGCAACAAACAAAAAAGCCCUGGAGAAGUGGGGAGAAAAAGUAAGAAUGCUUUCAAGAGCUCGCCAAAAGAUUGAACAUAAAUGGUGAAAAUGUAAGAUCUAGAUUUAUUAUGACAUCUAUAAAAGUACUCUUACCUGCUACAAGACAGAAUCAAAAGAUUUCUCAUUAAUGAUUAACGACAAUCGGAAUAACACUCAUUAUUUGUUCUCCACUUUACUACUCACUUCACAGAAAAGAUCUUUAAGACAAGAAAUGACAUUUCACAGCCUUGAAAAGACACUCCUAAAUUCUCCGGUCCCCUGGAUCUGCCCAAACUAAUAUGUGUAAUUAUGAACUUGUGUGCUGAGGUGAUCUUGAGGAGGUGAUCAAGCAGUUGUAUCCAUCAAUGCCUAUUUGAGCAUCUUCUUAAUAUAAUCAUUGUCCCUCUGUAGUCUGAUUUUUUCUCCUACUUUUUUAACGCAUGCCAAAGUUACACUCAUACUUAAAAAUUAUAAACCUUGACCCACCAAAAAGUAGUAACUACAGGCCCAUCUUUCUCCCUCCUGUUACUAGUAAAAAUCAUUUAAAAGGUUGCGAUAAACACAAUUAUCUCACUGUGCUCUAUUAAUAAAAUUGAUUUUUUUUUAAGUGGCAAAAGUGAAAAACUACAACAAACCCAAACACUUCAAAACAUCAAAAAGCAGAUGACCAGAGAGAAACAAGUUGGUGAAUAAAGAUAGUUUCUCAGACUCAGGAGAGCUUAAACUUGAGUCAAAAGGGUGGAGGAUAUUGGUCUUAGAUACAACAGGAGCUAAAAACACAAUUUUUUAAGAAUGAUGAUUUUGCUAAGGAUCUGAUAAAUGAUGAAAAUGUUGGGAAUCAGGCAGUUACUUUCUAAAAAAAGAAAGUCACAUUUUAUUCUGCAGACAUGGAGCUUUUUCGCCCUCUUCUGGCCAUUAUGUAACUAUUGUGUGUUGGAGCUUACUUAAAACUUAGUCAGAGUAAAGGUUUUUUAAUUAUCAUCAUCUCUCCCUGUAGUUGCACUUAGACCUAUUGCUCAUCUUGGUAGAUAUUCUCACCUUCUUCUUUUUCUUGUCUUUCUUUUUUUUCUUGCGGUCAGGAUCAUCAUCCCUCUUUUUCUUCUUUUUCUUGGGAUCAGAGUCUGACGGUGUUUCUGUAGGAUCAAAAUUAAGCAGGUCAGUGGUUGUAAAAUAUUUCACAAUGCUUUUCAGGUUUGCAUCUUAACUGUAAAUAAAGAACCUUGUGGUAAUGGAUCCUGCGGUCGGUGGUGUUUGUGCUUGUGUUUGCUCUUCUUCUUUGGAGGCUGUAUGUGCAUCAGUCUGUACUGUUCUGGAAGCUGUGAAAAACAAACAAAAAAAAAGAAUGGAUGUAAGUCUUUAAUGAAAAAUAGCAAGAAAAUUAAGGGUACCAGGCCCUAACAGUCCAAGAUAGUUUAACUUGUUUACAAUGAUACUGCUACUGCAUGAAUUUAUCUGUGUCAACGUUCUUUUUUUUACAUCCUUUGUUUGUACGAGUGUUGUGUUAUUAGUUCGUACCGGUCCUGUGUGAAGUCUGAAGCCUGUGAGAAGAGCGCCGGUCAAAGGGCUGAAGGAGUUUCCACACACAGGAGGCUUAUCGAUCAGCGAACGUAACGAGCUGCCGUCUUGAGUGCCUGGACAGUCGAUCAUACCUGCAGCACAAAAUAAGUAUAAAAUGUUGGCAUAGUUGAGGAACCAGAUCAAAACACAAGCAAUAUGAGGGCAAGAGAGUGAGCCCCAUACAGUUUCAUUAAGCUGAUGUUCUCCAGUCUGAACAACGAUGGACUCAUAGCCCAGUCUAACAUUCUUCUCCAUGUAUCUGAGCAUCUACAGGAAGUAGGCAUGGUGAGGUUCUUUGGAUAUCUGCUCCAAAAGCAGAACGGCAAUGCCUGAUACAACUUAAGUGUGGAGCCAGUAAGAGGUCAAAACUACUGCAACACUGCUUCUGAAAAGCACAGCAGAUCAUCUGGAUGUGGUACACCUGCAGAUGUUAAUGGAAGUAAAUCUGUGCCAUCUGAUUUUGAAUUUGAAUUUCUACAGCAGAAUUUUUUUUUCAUCAAAAUCAGACUUUGAAUUUUAAAACCAUCAAAUUUCAAGCAUGCAUUUUCAUUUCUGACACUAUUUUUUUUUCACAAUGAUAAAAUAAUUCAGUGUGAAAAAAAAGGUCUCUCGAAAUAGUCGUGAAAAUUGGACUUAAAAAAACUGUAAAAAAAAAAAAAAAAAAAUCAAAUAGUUAGUGUGUCAAAAAAAAUUCAGUGUAAAAGAGACCAACUCAACAUCCGGGUUACCAGGGAGAAGUAAUCAAUUCCUGGCUCAAUCAUCCAUCGUCCAGCCAAUCAAUUAAUGCUAGAUUGGUCAUGUGGCGCAGACCCCAGUGGAAGAUUGAAUCCAAUCGGUUGCUUCUUGCUGGUUACCCGAAUGUUGAGUCAGUGGCCCAAUCCCAAACCGACCCCUA